AGCCUUCCUGGCUCCCGCCCUUUUGUGCCUCGCUCUCGGGGCGCGCCGUGCCCGCGCAGAGCCCCCGCGCCCUGUCGAGCCGCGCGCCAUGGCCCGCGCUGGCGGCGUAGCCCUGGCGUCCGCGGCGGCGACCGGCGUGCACGCGCCAGAGUGGUUCUCGCUGGCAGCGCUCCGCAGCUACGGGCAGGCCUUCCACCAGGCCGAGGCCCCUGCGCCAGCCCGGCCGGUGGCGUCGCCGCUCCCGCGCGCCCUGCGGCGGAACGCAGGCCCACCCGGCGUGUGCGCGCGCUGCGGCGCUCCGGCGAGCAGGCGCGCCGCUCAUCCUCAGCACCUCCCCGGCGCAGCGCGGCCCGAUCGGCGGCGCGGCGCCGCAGCGUCGUGCCCCGGACGGGGCGCAAGACGGGCGGCGCGGGGCCGGCGUGCGCGGCGUGGCGGGGCAGGACCACCACCCCGCAGCGCGGUCGGCGGGCCGGGGUGGCGGCGCCUGGGCCCUCGGAGGCGGUAACCCCGCCUCCAGGCUCUCCGCGCCCAGUGAGCCCGCGCGGCGGCGGGGCCGCCCGCCGGCUGGAGGCCGUGCCCGUGAGCGUGCGGCGCACGUUCGUGGACCUGCCCGUGGAGAGGUCGCCGUCGCUGGACCGCUUCUUCCGUGAGCGCCGCACGCGCUGGGGCCCCCCGGCCAGCCGCGCCGCCGGCGCUUCGCCCAGCAGGUCGCCGAGCCCACGGCGCCGCGGCGCCAGCCGCCUGGGGGCCUGGAGCGCCCCGGCCUGCGGCUGCCGCGCCCCCGCCGCCGGGCUCGCGGCGACGGCCGAGGCCGGGGACGGUGACCGCCGCGGCGGGUGGCCGUGCGUCGCCCUCUUCUGCGGCAUCCCCCGUGCCGAGAGCACCGACGGCAGCGGCGUCUGCUCCACCGCGGUCGGCUCCGCCACGGUCGCCCUGUCGGAGCUGUCGACGCCACCUGGGUCUGCCGAGAUUCCAGGCGACGGGCGCGGCGGGGCCCCGGCGGUGGACCCGCCGCCAGCGCUGGGCUGCCAGGAGCUCCCGAGUAGGGGCUCCGCGCUGCACCGGUGGGGCGCCUGCAAGCCGUGCAGGUUCCAUCUGGAGGGCUGCACGAACGGCGUGGACUGUCCGCCCCUCAG